AUGGCUCAAGAGACCAAUCAGACCCAGGUGCCGAUGCUUUGCACGAUGGGAUGCGGUUUCUACGGUAACCCCCGCACCAACGGCAUGUGCUCGGUAUGCUAUAAGGAACACCUACAGAGACAACAGGGAGGGGGGAGAUCCAGUCCUCCGGAGGAGAAAGCUGCGAUGUCACCGUCGGGGAUGCCGGCGCCCGUUGAUGUCGUCGCGGAAAGCUCGGCACCCCAGCCCUGCGCAGAGGCGGCGGCGCGGACGUCGCCUGAUGAACCAUCAUGCAGCAUCAGUCCCGGAUCCAGUCCAGUAACCCAACAGAUGACGGCCAUGAGCAUCUCCCAGGAUUCGGGCGCCCUCGACUCGGAUCGAGCCGAGGCCGAUGAUGCCGAUGAGGAGGAAUCGUCCAACUCAGAGCCAGCGGGAGAAGCGGCGCAGACCUCUGACGGCGAGCAGACUCCUGACAAAAACAAGAAAAAGAACCGCUGCUUUUCUUGCCGGAAGAAAGUCGGCCUCACUGGUUUCGACUGCCGCUGCGGCAACCUGUUCUGUGCCAUCCACCGUUACUCCGACAAACAUGACUGUCCCUACGAUUACCGGAGCGCCGCCGCCGCCCGCAUUCGCAAGGAGAAUCCCAUCGUGGUGGCCGAGAAAAUCCAGAAAUUAUGA